GUCAGAGGCUGUCGUUAACGAGACCUUGUCAUGAAGUGCACAAAUAGGUCGGUUCGACAUCUCACUAUGGGGCAUGCGUUUACUGACAGUAUCUCUGAUGAUCUGACAUAAAGUUUUCAUUUGAAUUCAUUUACAAAGCAACCGCUACCCCUACGCAAUCUGCCGCUGGCGUUGCUAGGCAAUAACUUUAUAUGGAGUGUAGCACUGGAACGAGGAGCUAUAUUUCGUACGAAAUACUUGAGGCAAUGAACACAGGCGAAAAUACACAGGCCAUUUUUCAAACUGUCACACACAUGCAGAUGUGCACGUGGUUGCUGUUGUGGAACUUGCGAAUGUUUAAGAUUGGAGAUCUAUAAACGUUAUAGAUUUGUUUGGUGUCAUGGAUUCAUGCUGAGACGUCCAGACAGAAUGCUCUGCCCGGUUCUACCGCUGGGAACGCGUGGGUUUAUGUUAUAGUUUUUCGGGCGGAAUUAAAACGUGGAUAGCCCUACAUGGCUGAUGCUGGUACAAUGCAGCUUUUCCAACCGGAUGCAACAAGCUGAGAAAGUUAACAGAAUGUCAACACACUUUGAACUUGUUCGUGUGCUGGUGUGUCUUCAUGUGUUGCUUCUGGCGUUGGUGUCAGCAAACAACAAUGCAAAUAACGGUGAUGAUGAUGAUUCGACAGCUUUGUCAGCAACGUUUGCGACUACGACGUUGAGGCCUUCGUCUCAAAGACAAUGUUUUCCCGGUUUUGUGUGUGUACAUGGCAUUUGCUCGGAAUCCGGCAGCAGCUGUGACUGCGACCUUGGAUGGUCUGGAAUAUUUUGUCAAACAUCAUGUGGGUUAGAUUGUGGAUCGCAUGGUGUUUGUGACGUCUUUGUCAACGGUACAGCAUUUUGCAUUUGCAACUUUGACUACACUGGUUCACGAUGUGAGAAGAGGCGAGAUUUAAACACAACAAAACGUCCAGAUGUCAUCCCGCCCACUACCACAUCAGUCAGCAACUGUGCCCCAGGAUUCCCCUGCAGGAAUGGACAUUGUCCGGCUGGUCAGCUCAAGUGUGUUUGUGACAAGGGCUGGUCCGGACCUUUCUGUGGGACCCCGUGCUCACUGGACUGUGGGGAGAAGGGCACCUGUCGUGUUAUUGGGGGUCAGCCUGUGUGUAUCUGUGAGUGGGGAUACACGGGACGUUGGUGUGGCGAGAUGUUGACCACAACACCUGGAUCAGGAAUCAGAAAUGACAACAAUCUACCGUCAUCACAAUCCUCAAACCCGACUACCCUUGCCACCACUCUUACCCAAGACAAAAGCUCCCUCUCAGCAGCAACAUCCAACUCCACCUCUGUAACGUCUACGUCUUCUGCAACAUCCUCCCUUCCUACUACCAGGCUGACAUCCACUCUUCGUCCACUAUCCAAGCGUCGGUGUCUCACGGGGUUUACCUGCCAGCAUGGUUACUGCAGACCUGGGCAGCUCAAGUGUUUCUGUGAUGCAGGAUGGGUGGGCAUAUUCUGCCAGACACCUUGUAGCCUGAACUGCGGAACACAUGGACAAUGUAGAGCUACCUCGGCUGGUCAGACAUGUGAAUGCAGCUCUGGGUUUACUGGAGGCCGAUGUAAGGAUGUCAUCAGGAUUGCACCUCAAUUAACGUCGUCUUCAGGACCAACACAAACCCAGAAUGUGCCGCAAGCUGUAUCUUCUGUUGUGGCCACAACGUCAUCAACAGCGAGUCUCCCUCCUCUAUCGGCCCGCCAGUGUAUCUUAGGAUCAUCUGCCUUUGUCUGCAAACAUGGUAGCUGCUACAAAGGAGCCAAAAAUAGGACCACGAUCGCAGGGUCUGUUUUAAAGUGCGUCUGUGAGAGGGGUUGGUUCGGAGUAUUCUGUCAAGAGCCGUGUCCACUCAACUGUGGACCACACGGACGUUGUGAUGUCUUCAAGAAUGGCACUUUCUACUGCAGCUGUGCCUCGGAAUACAUGGGUCCGACUUGUGCCACUCUACGGCCAAAACCCGAACCAGUUGUAGAGGUGCAGGCGCCGUUCUGGCACUGGUGGGUUGUGGGCAGCUGUGUGGGCCUGCUGGUCAUCCUGCUAGUCCUUCUGGUCAUCCUGCCCUACAUCCUGUGGAAGAGGCGGUAUAUCUUCAUCAUGAAGUUGGUCUACAUGUUCCAGCCCUUUGAAGAUGAUGAUGAUAAACUCUUUGAUGCAUUUGUGUCCUACAAAUCAACAAAGCUGGAUGAGGAUUUUGUAGUCCACACGCUGUAUCCUAAACUGGAGAAGAAUCUCAAUUUUAAGCUCUGUCUACACUUCAGAGACUUUAUGCCGGGAGAGACCAUUGCUAAUAACAUUAUCGAAGCAGUUGAGAACAGCCGUCGGACGAUCAUGAUACUGACGCCCAGUUACAUCCAGAGCGAGUUUUGCAGAUUCGAGUACCAGAGAGCGCAGCACGAAAUGCUGAAACGGAAACAGAGAAUAAUACCCAUAGUACUUCAGGACAUUACGCAGGACCGGGUGUAUAUGGACGAGACACUUUGUACCAUUUUAGAUUCUAUAACGUACAUUGAAUGGCCAAAGGACGGAAAUGAGAAAAAAGUUGAGAAAUUCUGGAAAAGGGUUGAAUUGUCAAUGCCAAAAAGGAGAUCAAUAUGUUCCAGAAAGAGUGAUGAGACAUCCAGUGGUCAAAGCGCUGACGUCUCUUCUUUACCACUGGAUAUGAUUCCAAAAAACGCGUUCUGGUCCGUGGCCUGAUUUUGGUAUCGGGAACAAUUCGUUUCAUGGUGUGGAUUCCAGUGUAUUUGAUACCGUUGACAUGAAUGAGUGUAGGCAGUCUCAAAUAGUCCCAAAUGGCAUUUUGGACGUGUGAUA